AUGUCGGCGACGGGGCCCAUCAGUAACUAUUACGUGGACUCGCUCAUCUCUCACGACAAUGAAGACCUCCUAGCGUCCAGGUUUCCGGCCACGGGGGCUCACCCCGCCGCCGCCAGACCCAGCGGUUUGGUGCCGGACUGUAGCGAUUUUCCGUCCUGUAGCUUCGCGCCCAAGCCGGCCGUGUUCAGCACGUCGUGGGCGCCCGUGCCCUCGCAGUCGUCCGUGGUCUACCACCCGUACGGCCCCCAGCCCCACCUCGGCGCCGACACGCGCUACAUGCGGACUUGGCUCGAGCCGCUGUCCGGCGCCGUCUCCUUUCCCAGCUUCCCGGCCGGGGGCCGUCACUACGCCCUCAAGCCGGACGCCUACCCCGGGCGCCGCGCCGACUGCGGCCCGGGCGACGGCCGCAGCUACCCGGACUACAUGUACGGCUCGCCCGGGGAACUGCGCGACCGCGCCCCGCAGACCCUGCCCUCGCCCGAGGCGGACGCCCUCGCGGGCAGCAAGCACAAAGAGGAGAAGGCCGACCUGGACCCCAGCAACCCCGUGGCCAACUGGAUUCACGCCCGCUCCACAAGGAAGAAGCGCUGCCCCUAUACCAAGUACCAGACGCUGGAACUGGAGAAGGAGUUUCUCUUCAAUAUGUAUUUAACCAGGGACCGUCGGUACGAGGUGGCCCGGGUUCUCAACCUCACCGAGCGGCAGGUCAAAAUCUGGUUUCAGAACCGGAGAAUGAAGAUGAAAAAGAUGAAUAAAGAGAAAACCGACAAGGAGCAAUCCUAAACCCUGCCCCAGCCUGCUGCCUCGGCACAGCCAAGGGAAAAACAAAAAACCCACAAAAAUACCCCAACCCAGGCGGGAGACAGCACGAAAAAGAAAAGGAAAGAGCAAGAUAGAGAAAAGCCAAUCGGCUUAAAAAGAAAAAAAAGGGAAGGGGAGAAGGAAAA